AUGCCAACACAGCCCGAAAUUCUGCCUUCGACCACCCGACCCUCACCAUUUCACCCGCACACCCGUAUUUUGAUCGUCCACGGCCCGUAUGAUCACGAUCUCAAAAUGCUCGCACGCCGUCAAUCUUGGGCCACCACCAUGUCAAUACCCACCAACAACAUGCAUCCGGACCCUACAAUAAGAGUAGCCAUGGCGGCGGGCUUGAGAAGCACGCUCGUCCUUUUUCGCAGUCCUCACACUCUAUCAGCACACGACUCGACCCAAGCCGGAGUUUCCGAGGGACAAGCACUAAAAUCCUCUCAUUCGACUUGCAGGAACACCAAAAUGGGCAACAUAUUUUCCAAACAUAAGAACAGAUCUAACCAGAACGGAUAUGGCCCGGCCCCCACACACGCACCCAGUGUAGACAACCGCCCCUACGCCCAGCACCCCAGCUACUCGCAGAAGAUUGACCCGCGGGACCAGCGCUGGCCUCAACAUCAACAUGAGCAACAAUAUCAGCGGCCUCAGCCGUACCAACAACCCCAACAAUACACGCAACCCCUCUCCGCCCAGAUCCAGCCGCCCCCUCCCUCCACCGUCGCCAACCCAACCGGCAGGCGCCGCCCCGGCCAACAAGCUGCUAGUCAGCCACCCAAACGCAUAGCGUCCCACAAGAUCAAGGCCGAGUACCUCCUCCAGGUAACCUGCCUGCACUGCGAAAAGGGGUGCGGGGGUUGCCCCAUUACGCCAAACCUGAACGGCAACGUGCUCCAGGGGCGACGGAAAGCAUACCGGAACCCGGCCAACGUUGGCGGCGCGCAACCCUGGACACUGGCCGUCGACUUCUGCAGCAACGAUUCUAGGUUUAGUAGCAAGUCCAAGGACGCCGAGACGGCGAUCACGCGCGUUUGCAAGGGCAUCGACCGCACAUAUGAGGAUAGCGGGAUGGGCAGUACGUAUGGUGGUAGGGGGGCGAACCCAGGCAUGUUCGGGCGCCGCGGGGACAAGAUUCCGUCGACGGGGCCGUUUCAAGUCGAUGCGUUGUUAGAUGCGUUGGAGGAGGUGGGGAUCAAGUAUGAGAGUACUGUUUGA